AUGCGCUCGGGUGCAGCUGCUGCUGCGCUGCUCGGUCUUGGUCGUGCUGCCCGAUGCCCCUUGCGUUGCAUUGCUGACAAUCUGACCACCCUCUCCUCACCCUUCUCGCACUUCUCCUUCUGCAGGUACCGCAUCGGCAAGAAGAUCGGCUCCGGCUCGUUCGGCGACAUCUACCUGGGCAUCAACAUCAUCUCGGGCGAGGAGGUGGCGAUCAAGCUCGAGUCGAUCAAGGCCAAGCACCCGCAGCUCGAGUACGAGGCCAAGGUGUACAAGACGCUCGCCGGCGGCGUCGGCGUGCCCUUUGUCCGCUGGUACGGCCAGGAGUGCGACUACAACGCCAUGGUCAUUGACCUGCUCGGCCCGUCGCUCGAGGAUCUCUUCAACUUCUGCAACCGCAAGUUCUCGCUCAAGACGGUGCUGCUGCUCGCGGACCAGAUGAUCUCGCGCAUUGAGUACAUCCACUCGCGCAACUUCAUCCACCGCGACAUCAAGCCCGACAACUUCCUCAUGGGCAUCGGCAAGCGCGGCAACCAGGUCAACGUCAUCGACUUUGGCCUGGCAAAGAAGUACCGCGACCCCAAGACGCACCUCCACAUUCCGUACCGCGAGAACAAGAACCUCACGGGCACCGCGCGCUACACGUCGAUCAACACGCACCUGGGUGUCGAGCAAUCCCGCCGCGACGACCUCGAGUCGCUCGGCUACGUGCUGAUGUACUUCCUGCGCGGCUCGCUGCCGUGGCAGGGCCUCAAGGCGGCGACGAAGAAGCAGAAGUACGACCGCAUCAUGGAGAAGAAGAUGACGACGCCGACGGAGCUGCUGUGCCGCGGCUUCCCGUCGGAGAUGGCCAUCUACCUCAACUGCUGCCGCUCGCUGCGCUUCGACGACAAGCCGGACUACUCGUACCUGCGCAAGCUCUUCCGCGACCUCUUCGUGCGCGAGGGCUUCCAGUACGACUACAUCUUCGACUGGAGCAUCCAGCAGCGCACGGCCGACGAGGCGCAGAAGGCAGAGAAGAUGGCCAGCAGCGGCGCCGCCGGCGGAGGCGCGCAGCAGGGCCUGGCGCAGCUGCCGCGCCGCAAGGUGCUGGCGCAGGGCGACGAGGAGGACCCGGCGGCACAGGCGCACAAGGAUGCGUCGCGCAUCACGCAGCAGGGCGGCAACUCGUACCAGCUGCAGGGCCAGCCGGGCUCGUCGGUGCGCCAGACGCGCCCUGCCGAGAAGCAGCAGUGGUACUAG